GUGUAAUUUUCGCGUCAACUUAUUCCGAACACGUCUUCCCUUCUUUCUUCGUCGGAAUAAGGAAGUUCUUUCAUAUUCACUGAACAGUAUCAGAUUUACCUCGGUGAAAAUAUGAAUUUAAUACAAACGUAUAAUCGAGUUUAAGUGACGAAACAACAAAAGAGUUUUCGAGUUUUGUUCGCGAGAUGCAACUUUGCACUUUUGAGUUUGUUUGGAAUUAUUUUAUGGUAUCCACGUCAUGAUUUCUUUAACUAAGGAUUAUGUUAGCCUACUACUUGCUACCGUUCAUCCUUUCGGGUGCAAACAGCUUGGAACCUUGCACAGAUUACUGUCCACCUCAACCAAUCAUAACCGAGAAGAGCAUAAUGGAAAACGACGACUCGUCUUCGGAUUUUUUAGACAGGGACGAUGUCACCGGUUGUUACUGUAGACUUUACACCGACAAAAUGGGUUGUUUCGGUCGCAAUGUCUGCAGAAGAAUUCCUCAGAAGAUGCACAGUCCCAAACCCAUUCUGUCAAUACUCACGACAAGAAUAUCGGAAAUAAAACUGGGAGAGUUGGAUAUUUAUUAUAAUAUCACGUCUUUGUAUAUUGAGCAAAACUUGCAUCUAAGCGUGAUUGACGAGGGUGUCUUUGGAAAAAUGACCAAUUUAACCACUUUAUCCAUUUCCUAUAAUCCAAGUCUAAAAAAGUUAAGACUCGAUACGUUUAAAGGACUAAUCAAUUUGACUCAGUUGUUCCUGAUAUCAGAUGGGUUUGUAAAUAUUUUAGACGCCACACUACCUAUCGGUAAUGGAUACUUACCUAAGUUACUACGAUUAUCUUUAAAAGAAAAUAACUUUGCUGUAAUCAAAGAGGAUGCCUUUGCCACCAUGAAUAAAACAUCGCUUGAAGAACUGAAUUUAGUUCUGUGCAGGAUAGAGUACAUCCAUCCAAACGCAUUGCUUCCUUUAAAAAACCUGAAGGCUUUAAGAAUCGGACUGAACAGUUUCAAUGAAUCCAUACUGACUGACUUACUAAAUGCAACGAUUGAAGAAAACAUACCACUGCACAGUUUGAAUUUGUACUCUUUGGGAUUCUUAAGGAGACCUCCAAAGGGUCUGCUGAACGUAAUAGCGAACUCGGGCAUAACUCAUUUGAAUUUGUCGAAAAAUCGCUUUGAGGUCCUCACCAAGGACAGUUUUCCAUGGAUGCCCAAUCUGAAACUGCUGGAUUUGGCGGACGUUGUUGCUUUUAAUAUAACCAAAGAUGCGUUCGUAAAUCUGCCCAACCUUAAGACGUUGAUUCUUAGUGGUAACAAACUGACGGAUUUGCCGCAAGGGGUGCUACAAGAAAAUAUUACUUAUCUGGAUUUGCAGCAGAACACGGGCAGUCUAUUUUUCAAUUCGUACUUUCGUACUACCCGUUCUAAGUUUAUCAACAUGAAAAAUUUACAGUACCUUAAUCUGGGAUACAAUAAACUAGACGCCUUAUACCAUGACACAUUUGAAGGAUUGGAAAAUUUAAGAAUAUUAGGGCUGAAGAAUGCGACCAUACGAUUCGUCACCAAUAACACAUUUCACAAACUGCAAAAAUUGGAAUUUUUGAACUUGGAAAACAAUUAUUUUGUCAAAAAUAAUCCCGUUGGUUUGGAAGACAUGUUAUUCUACGGUUUGGAAAACUUAAGGGUGUUACAGUUAGGCGGAAAUUACAUUUCGUUCUUGUCUGAAUGUUCAGACCCGUUUCGACACCUCAAACACCUUGAGUAUUUGGAUCUGUCAAGGAAUUUGAUUACAAAUCUAUCUCCGAACGAUUUUAUGCAUCUACUUAAUAUAAAAAGAAUUGAUCUAUCCUAUAACUCGAUAAUUUCGUGGCAGCAGAGAGUGUUUGCAAACAACACAAAUUUAGGCAACGUCAACCUUUCCAACAACAAACUCACUUACUUCAGCGAAACAGUUCUGGAGGACUUAUCGAAUAUUACAGAAGUUGAUCUCUCCUCAAACUCUUUUAGUUGCGACUGUUCUGUUUAUUUGGUUUUCAAGCAGUGGUUAAAUAAUAAUAAUCAGCACUUCUUAAAUGUCAUACACAACCAUAAGGUGUUUUGCAAUUUUCCAGCUCGUUAUGAAAAUGUCACUGUGGAUGAGUUUAUCCGGACAGACGUUGAUGAUUUAAUGAACUGUGACAUGGACGACAUUGCCUCAAACUUGUUCAUCAUUCUGCCCUUGUUUAUUCUGAUCCUUCUCCUUGUCAGUUUUUUGUUCUUCUUAUAUUACUACAGAUACCACGUUAGAUACUGGAUGUUCCUGACUAGAUUGUAUCUGAGUCGAAAAGGCAAAAUCAAAUCCAAAGGUACCAAACAAACAUCUGUUAAUUAUAAAUACGACGCGUUCGUCUCGUACAGCAAUGAAGACCGAAAUUUCGUGCUACGUUUAGUAACAAUGCUGGAAGACUACGAUCCGUUUCUGAAAUUAUGCGUGUACGAACGAGACUUCCAAAUUGGGACGUUCAUCUCGGAAAACGUUUUGGAGAACGUUGCCAGCAGUCGCAGAACGAUUUUAAUAAUCAGCGAUAACUACGCAAAGUCUCAAUGGUGCAGAUGGGAAUCGCACAUAGCCCACCAUCAUAAACUGUUCCUUCAAAACGAUCAAGGAGAAUACGUUGACGACACGUUGAUCCUGAUCAAAAUCGGACCCGUCAGCGGUUAUCAUCUGACACCUACUUUAAAAUACUUGUUGAAGACGAGAAUCUACUUGCAAUGGGACAGCGAGGAGAAAAGACAGAAAGAAUUUUGGGAGAAGUUGCGAAAGACAUUAAAACCUCUCAAAAACGAAAUAGAAGAAAACACGCAUAUGUAACUUUGUUUAUGCAAAUGUAUGCAAAUUUAGUUAAAUAUUAAAUAUAUUAUACUAAAA